AUGAAUGCCAACGCACAGAAGUCGAAAGUCAAUGGAAAUCGUCUCAAGUUGGACUUGGCGCAGAUUACACAUCCGACAAAUUUAACGACAAGUGGGUCGAUUAAUGGAAAAUACAAAUUCAAUGACAAAUUCUCAGUGAAUGGCAAUGCACAAAAAACAAAUACCAAUGGACAGAAGUCUACGAGUUUUGGAGUCGGAGCAGAUAACACUUCCAAGAAACUGACUGCCUCCACAUCCUACACACAAAACAAGAGUCCAAAUUCAAAGACUAAGAACUUGAAAUACUCCGCAACAUACAAACCCACAGACAAUCUCAAACUGUCGACGGACGGAUCCUUCACAAAGCAAAAUGGUCAAAAGAGCCGCGACCUCUCUGCCUCCGCUGAUUACACCUCCAAAAAGCUCGACGCCAAUUUGAAAGUUUCAAGCAGCAAAAGUGUCCAAACGAAGUCGAAGAGUAUCGCCGGUGGAGUGACAUACAGACCGACGGACAAAGUCACAAUAGGUGCCAACGGCAAAUAUUCCAAAACAAACGGCGUCGCCUUUAAAGAAGUGAACGUCAAAGGAAGUUAUACCGGAGACAAAUUGAGUGUGAACGGAGGUUUGAGUUCCGGUAAAAAUGGGAAUGACAAAACAAAGAGUUUGAGUGUUGAUGGGAAGUACAAAGUGAACGACAAAUUGACCGUCUCGGGCGGAGCGAAGAGAAAGAACACAAACGGGAAUAAAAGUAGUGAAGGGAACUUGAAGGCGGAAUAUACCGGCAAAAAAAUUGAUUUUCAAGGGAAAUAUCAGCCGAACGAGAAGAGCGAAAUUCAUACAAAUUUUAAGACGUCGAAAAGAGACGGGAAACGACAGAACGAGUUUGGGAUAGGUGGAAGUUAUAAGGCAAAUGAGAACACAAACUUCAAUGUCGACUUCAAUCGAAAAGAUAAGAAAAACACUGUGAGUGUUGGAGGGGAAUAUAAGAACGACAAGUUCAACGUGAAAGGAAACGCGAAGGUUGAGGGAGGAGAUAGAAGUGUUGAAAUUGCCGCUGGGUAUAAUCCUAAUGACAAAUUUGGGAUUGAAGGUAACGCAAAGUUUGGGAAGGAAAACAGAAAGAAGAUCAAUUCAUAUGGAGUGAAGGCAUAUUAUAAGCCGAAUGAUAAAUGGGACUUGAAUGCCGAAAUUAAUAAGGCAAAUGGAGGAAAAGUGAGGUAUACUGUUUGA